UCUUGUCUUCCCGCUGCACCCGAAAGAAAAAAGAAAGGGAACCCAGCCAUGCCUUGGAAAACCGGUGAGAAAGCUUGAUUUUUCCCUUCUUUUCUUGUCCAAGAACCUGAUUUGGAACCCAGAAAUCUUCCCCCCCUUGCUGGAAAAUCCGGAUCUGCCUUGCUUUGCUCUGUCCUUCCGCCGGCUGCUCCUGCUUUGUGGGGGCGAAUUGCUUUGAUUUUCCGUCCGUGAGUUUCCCUGCAACUUGCCGCCGGCUUCUUCUUCCCCCUGCAGCUCCGGUUCCUUGCUUGCAAAUUCUGGUAUGUGGCAGCCCUCCAAGCCCCUGAAUUUGUCCAUUUAUUUGCUUUUAAUUGCUGCCCUAUUAGAAAACCCCGUGAGAUUAGCUAGUGUUUUGGCCAAUUUUGGAAGUGGAGUUACUGUUCACGUCGGAGUUACUGUUCACCGGAAUAUCAUCGGGAUUAAGAGUGAUCUUGAUGAUUUGAGUUUGAAUUUGUGGUGAUACGAUAAUUAAUUGUGGAUAUUUUGAUUAGGUUCUUGAUCGUCCUGUCGGUUUAGUACGUGAAUUGAGUGCUCGGUUUUGCAGAGUGAGGUAAGUAAAAUUAUGGUAACGCCCUUCGACUUUUCAAGCAUGUUUUGAUUUGUUUUUGAAGCGGUGGCGGAACUAAACCCGUUUUACACAAGUAUGAUUGAUUUGAAGUGAAAUGUUUUAUGCUUUUCAUUAAAUUGAGCAUGCCUACUUGAAAUUUAAGUGAUUGUCCUGAUGAUCUGAAAGUGAUUGUGAAUUGUGAUUUUCCUGUUAACUUCUGCUUGUUUUGUCUCCGAUAUGGUCAUGUUAUUCGUGUGCCCGCUAGUGGGAGGUUUAUAAACGCUAGCACUUGUCCACAUGUUAUUGAUAGAACCGGUUCGCUCGUGACCCUACUAGUGGGGAUUAUACACUAUUACUCGUGUGCCCGCCAGUGGGAGGUUUAUAAACGCUGGCCAUGACCUAUAGAGGAGACGUCUAUUUCGUGCCCGUACUGUAUCUGUUUUCGUGAUUACACUUGUUGGCAUGCUUUAAGUUUGAUAAGGGGCACUCCAUAUUUACUUACUGAGUUUAUCUCAUAGUUUUCCUUGUCCACCAUUUCAGGAAAUGAAACUGAGGACGGGGAAACCACGGGAAGUGACGAGUUAGAAAGCUAGCCAUUUCGAGAUUGAUAUAGAUUUUUAGAUAUGAAUCAUGAUCUUGUAUUUGAAGAUUUUAUGUUAUCGGAGUAAAUUUUAAAGAUUUGAUCUUCAGAUUUUGAUGGUAUCAGAGUGUGAUAUGAUAAGUUCCGAGCCUUGUGCAUUUGUGGGACCCGUCUCACGAGUGCACGGCGUCUGUCGCGUCUCGAAAUUGGGUUUUGGGGCGUGACAACCGUUGUACCAAACAGGCCCUUAAUUAUGGGUUCAAUAAUAAAUAUCAUAUUCAAUC